GCCGAUAUUAACAUAACAUUAAUGUUAAUGCCGGAUCUCAAUGUUGAGCCCUCCAACCAUUUCAACUUUGAAGUAUUCAGGUGGCCAAGAUAUCUGAGAUCCGCCAGCUCUCAUUAACCAACACAACAACUAGCGACAUGGUACCUUAGAGUUAACGUGGAUUAUUAUAUCGGCAUCAUCUUCUCUCUAACAUUACAGCCAUGUCUUCCGAAGAACCCCUCUCAGGGUCAGGCGUCACGAUGCGCUCCGACAGCGAGCAAUAUUCGGCCGGCGAAGACCUACUAUCCUCGCCACCUUUGUCUUCCUCUCCACCCGUAGUCCUCUAUAAGCCUCCCACCGUCUGGUCUAUGCUCCGAGGCGUAGCUAUUAACCUACUAUUACCAUUCAUCAACGGCAUGAUGCUGGGGUUUGGCGAGCUGUUUGCGCAUGAGGCUGCUUUCAGGUUAGGAUGGGGAGGUACAAGGGUCUUCCCUCUCUCCCGGCGGAGAGCACAUCCUAUCGGUCCAGGUAUCGAAAUCCGCAACCGACCUAAACCGGGACCUGAGCUACAAGACCUGACGAGCCUCGAAUAACGGACGAGACGGUCUGCUAUCUAUACACGGGUAGAGAUAAAAUGAGGGAAUAUGCCACUCAGGCUUAUGUAUUGUCUCAGAUACCGAUAGGAAACAUUAGAAGGGAUGGAUGAAUGACGAAAGGGAAAAACGAAAGGUAUCGUGUUAAGAUAUUACUCAUGUAUAAACCCCCUUUUCGUAAGAAAUUAUAAUUGCACAAAGCUCUAAAUAGAAUAAUCUAAAACCCAGUGUUUCGAGACUAUGCUAGUGCUAAUGCCUAUAUGAAUAUUCAAUAACAAAUUUGGUAUCUGAUGAACAAUAAGAAAUAAAUACCUCUUGCUAUGUAAAGAUUGCACCUUCAUAAGCACUACAUAGCUAGGUACCUAACCUAUCUAUGUAGAGGUAUCAACACCAAGAAACCACAGCAUAUAUCACGGCCGAUGGUAAAAGCUGAGAUACG